AUGAAGGGAGCAAAAAGGAAGAUUUUUCGAAUUAAUAGAAUUGUUAACUCACGCCAAAUUUUCAAGACAGAAGCCCAAAAGCCCCAUUUCGUUGUAAAAACUGAUUAUUUCAAGGCUUACUUCUCUCCAAAUGAUAUUUUUUCACAAGAAAUCGGAUUUGGACCGAUUAAAUUUAAUAACAGUUCUAUCAACUGUGUCACUGCCAGCAAUAACUACAUGCGUGGUGAAUUUAGCUCCUUACAGACUUUUAUGAGAUUCAAAUUGACAAAAACAGCGAAAACAAUAUUAUUUUUGCGGCCUAAUGAAGUUGACAUUCAGACUACCAUUCCAGCUUAUUACGGAGAAGUCACAAAUGAUGUUAUCUUCGGUAAAAAUCCUGGAAUGUGCGCUUGCUACAAUUAUAAUAAAAUGUUAUGGACUGGAUUUGUCUGUCAAAACAUAGUUUCUUUAUUUGCAUUCUACCAGCGACCUACAUUCCAAUCUGGCUUUCAAUUCACAUUAUCUCCUCAAUAUUCCAUUGAAAGAGUACUUGCUGCUUUUAAUUUCAAGGAAAAAUUGAAUAAUUUAGGAUAUAGAGUGAUUUAUACUCCUAAGAAACCAAAAUUUACCCAUCUUUUUGGCUUUCAAUACGCAGAAGAAAAUUAUGCAGCUACUCUUGAAUAUGAGACAAAGGUUGGACCAAGCAUUGGUUUAUCAUUCAAGCCAUUCAAAUUACUUGGCUUGAAAUAUGAUAUUCAAACAACAAUGAUUAUUCAAAAGGAUAAAUUCAAAUCGUUAGUGAAUGCAAACCUUAAUGAUGUUGUUACUCUUGCAGUAUUUACACGUCAGCCCUUUAUUGGUAAUCCAACAGUUUCUGUAGAAGUAUCUCUGAAUUUUAAGACAAAGAAGAAGGACGACCAAGAUUAA